UCCCAAAUGGCUUCUACUCUGUGAUCCCAGAUAAUAGAUUGAAGCAGCUAUUUAAUAGCAUUCCUACAUUGGAAGAUCUUCAUGCUCUGGGUGACGAAGGUCUAAAGGCAGAUGUGAUUCUUGUUGAUUUUCAGAAAGAUAAAAAGCUUUUCAGGCAAAAGCAGCUGAUUACCAAACUUGUCAGUGGAUUGAACUCAAAGCCAGCUACUAUUAUCAAGAAAAUUGCUGGACUGGUAGCAGAUGUUUAUAAGCAAUCAACUCUGCAAAGUCCGGCAAAAACGACGCAAUCAUUUGAAAACUGUGGUAUUCAACUGUUAGGACAGAUCAAGCAUGGUUCUUGUCGUCCUCGAGCAAUCUUGUUUAAAGUUUUAGCUGAUACCGUUGGUCUUCAAAGUAGGCUUGUAGUGGGUUUGCCAAGUGAUGGAGCUGCUGAGAGUGUGGAUUCAUAUAGUCAUAUUUCUGUCACGGUUCUGCUGAAUUCCGUGGAAAUGCUGGUUGAUCUAAUGCGAUUUCCUGGUCAGCUUAUCCCUCUAUCAACCAAGGCAAUUUUUAUGAGUCAUAUGUCAGCGGCAGGGGAAAGUGACUCUGCAGAGAAUGAUUCUUGCGAUUCACCUUUGGAGCCAAACAGUCCCAUGUUUGGUUAGGCAGUACGAGCGAUGAAUGAAGCUUUGAAGCAGAAUCGCCUCUCAAAAGAGCAAGGGGAUGAUGGUUCUUCUCCUAGCUCUCCAAAUGACAGAACCGAUGGCUCCCAUCUCCAAAAAAAUGCCUCUGGUUUUCAUCUUGAUGCCCAUGACCAAGUUUCUGGUGGAAGGUCGACACUUUCAAGGGAACCACUAGAUCCGCAGAAGGCAAUCUCACUACCAUCUUCUCCCCAGAACUACCGAAGCCAAUAUGAACAAAGUGGAUCGUCAAAUCGUAAUAUAAGCCACAUAUGGGAUAAAGUAUUGGGAUCUCCCAUGUUCCAGAAUAAACCAUUAUUACCAUAUGAAGAAUGGAACAUAGACUUCUCCGAAUUGACUGUUGGGACACGUGUCGGAAUUGGAUUUUUUGGAGAAGUCUUCCGUGGGAUCUGGAACGGAACAGAUGUCGCGAUCAAAGUGUUCCUUGAGCAAGACCUUACUGCUGAGAACAUGGAGGAUUUCUGCAAUGAGAUAUCAAUUCUUAGCCGACUUAGACAUCCCAAUGUUAUACUGUUCCUUGGAGCAUGCACAAAGCCUCCACGAUUGUCACUGAUCACUGAGUACAUGGAAAUGGGAUCUUUGUAUUAUUUGCUCCACUCGAGUGGACAAAAAAAGAGGUUAAGCUGGCGGAGGAAGCUAAAGAUGCUGCGUGACAUUUGCCGGGGAUUGAUGUGCAUACACCGGAUGGGGAUAGUACACCGAGAUAUAAAGAGUGCAAACUGUCUUUUGAGCAACAAAUGGACUGUCAAGAUCUGUGAUUUUGGGCUCUCGAGAAUAAUGACAGGCACAACAAUGAGAGACACAGUCUCUGCAGGAACUCCGGAGUGGAUGGCUCCUGAACUUAUCCGCAAUGAGCCCUUCUCAGAAAAGUGCGAUAUCUUCAGCUUAGGUGUAAUAAUGUGGGAACUCUGCACUUUAUCCAGACCUUGGGAAGGAGUACCGCCUGAGCGGGUUGUUUAUGCUAUUGCUUACGAGGGAGCUCGGCUUGACAUUCCUGAAGGACCACUGGGAAAGCUUAUUGCAGAUUGUUGGACAGAACCGGAACAAAGACCGAGUUGCAAUGAGAUACUCUCUCGUUUGUUGGAUUGCGAGUAUUCGCUUUGCUAACUUCUCUCAAUCUUCUUCCUUCUGUGAAUAUAAACUUUGCAGUAAGAGAGCUUUUUUUUUUGUUUGUUUUGAAUAUUGUUGGCUUUUCUUCUCUGAGUUUGUACAAAAAAAACUUUGGCGCUUUCACAUCCACAAAAGCUUUGUGGAACUCUUUUCCGUUUGAUUAUUCAAAUUCGUAAAAUCAUAGCCUUUUAAACAAAAAAAAGAAAAAAAAAAAAAAAGGUAGGCUUGUGAAUUUUACAAGAAGUGAGAAAACUAACUCAUUCUUACACUUCAAAUGUUCAAGCUUUCUAGUCUUUUCCCAUUUCCUCUUUUACGUCAUAUUGGAAAAUGGUUGUCAACUUGUGAUGUUACUGUAAGCCCAUAAGGUUUGUCCCC